AUGACCUUGGGUUGUCAAAGAAUAUUACUGAAGUUACAAGAAGUUCAAGAGUUGAAGGAAUGUUUGGUCCAUAAGGCGUCCUAUUAUGAGAAAUCACAAGUGGAUGUCUCCCGUUUUCGAACAUUGAUUAUAGAUAUACGUUUGAUCUAUCAACUUAUUAAUUCGAGAAUUAGAGAAAUCCAGUUAGCAACACCUUUAAAAUAUCAAUCAAAAUUUGCUGGAUGA